AUGAACGGCAAUAUGCUGCUCUCUCCCGAUGCGCUUCAUUGCCUCAAACGCAAGCAGCUCACCAACCUUUGCAGGCGCUUCGGCAUCAAAGCUGUCGGCAAGAAUGCGGAUCUCAUCCGACAACUUCAGGAGUACGCCGCAUCCAACAUCCCUUCCGAUAGCCCAACAAAGGGCAAUGUGCCCAUUCUGAGACACGUCAAACGACCCAGGCAGAGCGAUUCGAGCCAAGAGUCGGGCACGGACGACUUGCAGACCAUCGAUGAAAAGCCGGAAUCAGCUUCGUUGCCGUACCCUCCAUUGACUCCGCGCACAAGGCAGAAGCGUGUCUCUGAUAUGGUCAAGGCUAUCGAAGACGUCAAGCAGCUAGACGACGACAUGGACACAGACGACGAUGACGACGAGAAUGCAACGCUGUCACAGAGGAACACCAUUAUCUUUCCCGUGUCCUCUCCCGCACCGAUUCGAUCCGUUUCUCCUCUUGCUCCAUCGAUCGACACGGAUGCAUCCGAAAACACACAGCCACUGCGCAUCAUCAAAGCGCUGCCAAGCUCGAAUCGACUCGCCCCGCCCUUAUGCUCAGCAACCAUCCUGGAGAUGAAUCGUCCCACCUUAGCAGGAGAUGGCAGCUUCAACUUAUACCCGGAUCUUUCCACUUUGCCUCUUCCCGACGGCGUCUCGAGCGAUUGUCUGGCCAGCUCUUCGACCCUUCCGUCCAUCACGUCUCGGCAGUUUUCGGCUGCUGCCGCGUCCGUCCUCGCAGAUGUGAAUGCACGCUUGACCGCAGCUGGACGAUCAGCCACCUCUGGAUCGCUCACGACCAUGUCGAGCAUCGGCAAUGGUACCUGGCAGAACCUCGCAGCUUCUGCCUCGUCUCAGGGCAUGUCGAAGAGCCGCUCUGGAAGGUAUGAGAUCCAUCACGAGCGACAGUUCAACAAGAUGGACUCGAUCGUCAACCAUUACGCUGCGCGACGUGUGGGUGCAGGUGCGACAUCGUCUUCGACAGACUCACGCAAAUCUGCUGCCUCCAACAGUUCGGGCCCGUCCGUCUCCACUGCGGCAGCGACAGCAUCAUCGGUCACGGCGGCUCGGAUGACCGCCAGCACAUCCACGUCUCGCCGUACUCGUGUGGAUGCUUCCACAUCGACACGCAGUCUCGCUGCCAUGACCCGAUCCACCAGCGCCCGCAAGGUCCCUGUACAGCGACGCCCGCUUCCCACUCCCCCAGUGUCCUCAGCCAGAUCGCCACCACCAACAACUCUACCGCACUCUACCACACGUGCCCAGAUCGUACAACUCCGACACGCCUCCAACAACACCGUCACAACCAACGCCAGCAGCGAUCCACCGCGAGCGAAACGACUCCGUCUCGCCGUCUCCGAAGACCAAGAUGCCUCGCAAAACACCGUCCUCGAAAUCCCGCCCGGGAAGAAGACCGUCGUCAUCCGCGUCACUCGACCCGACCGCGAAGGCAUGCCGUACAAAUUCAGCGUCGCAUCGUCUUCCACCGCUGACAUCGAGAGCGCGCCAACGCGUGCAGCUUCUUCGCUGCGGAAGACGGUAAUCAAGGCCACCAAGGGAACCUUUGCUGCCAGCAGCGGUUCGGCGAAGAAAGGGACGACGAGUGCGAAGUCGCAGAAGAGGGAGGCGGCGUUUGUCAAGCAGCAGCAGCAGCAGGCUGCCAUGUCUCGAAGCAUCAGCUCUCGCGCGAAUCUUGCCUCGACUGGCGGUGGUGGGUUGACGGCUUCGGCUGGUACACGGAACAGAUUCACUGGAGUGACGACGAUGACCAAUCCGACAGCAACACCGUUGGAAGAGUCGAAUCGCGACGUGCGCAAGCCUUCUGCAGCAGUCUCAGCCAUGAGCGGCUCGACAGAGGCGAGCAAGCACAGCAGCAUCAGCAGUCGGUUCGGCGGAAGCAUCCGCAGCAGCGUCUCCCAAGGUCUAGGCCGAGCCGAGAUGGCGCGUCAGGCCAGACUCAAGGAGAUCAAAGCGAGGACUAAAGCGGCACUCGCCGGUUUCGGGAGCCAGAGAAACGUCAGCGCUACGGCUACUGUCAACGAAGCCGCUCCCGCGUCGCCCGACAAGCCUGUCGCUUCAACUUUCUCUCCGAGCGUCAUGCGUCCGACAAUCGCAAGUCUCAACCGGUCUGCCGGUAGCAAUGCUUCGGCGUCGCUUCCGAUGCUGUCAGCGAUCACACGCUCUGCUGCACCAACCCUCGUCACCGAGACUCUGCAACGUGCAGCUACGAUUCACGCUGGAGUGGGGAAAGUGUUGACUCCCUGUUUGACGCCACGCUCGUCUUCGCUUCGUCACCUGCGCCGUGUUAUGCGCAAACAGCAGAAGGAAGCUGAUCUGGAGCAGGUGCGCGUCGCAGCCGCCGAGAACAUCGCUCCAGGAGACGUUGUGCCUUCGGUGCUUCUCGGUCCCGCUGGUGUCAACUCGGCUCAGUCGACCAUCUCCAAGCAGUCGGUCUUGAUGGCGGAGGAGCAGGACGUGAACCCGUCCAUCCGCACCGUCGCUACGCGAGCCGCUUCGCCGAACAAGAUGCACUCGACGACACCGCGCAGUCUCGCUGCAAGACCCGCUGGACCGCGGACCGCACUCGUCGCUAGUCGCGCCACCACUUCCGCUUUGAACCGUCUCUGA